AUGGUGCAAGAAAGUGAUCGAAGAAUUACCAUCUUGCAAGUCACAGUCUCUGUCGUGUAUGAGAGCCAGGCUAACAAGAGCACUGAGAAAAAAUAUUUGAUUGGAUAUUCGCUGAUGGAAAAAUUACAGUUAGUCUUCAUUUUUAGUCGACCAGUCAGUGACAGAUUCGUGGAAAUGUUGAAAGAUGCAAAAUUCGAAAUCAGACAGGACGACAUGAAAAGAAUCAGUCGAUUCUCCACAGAAGAUGGACGCGUCGUUAGGUUUUCCGAUCACCUUAGAAAGAUGGCAAAGAAAAACGAUAAAGGCAAGCAACAAGGGGAGAAUAAGAAUCCAAAAGGAAAUCAAGAGAUCGAGGAGGAACGAGUUGAAGAUAUACCGAUUGAACUGGACGGUGAAAACAUGGAUACGGGAAUCAAACAACCAAAAAUGCAAAAGCGAAAUCAGGAUCAACUGUCGAAGGAAGAAUUCGGCGAUAUUGGAGGAGGUGCCAAUCAUGGAUCAUUCAACGGACGCAUCAAUUAUGUAGAGCUAGGUAAAAAAGAAUGGGUCAAUCCAGGAUUAGGGACGUUUAUCAGAGUCCACAAGUUCAUCAGAAUCCAAACCCCUCCGAGUUCGAGUACAGUCAGUGUGAAACGCGUGAGGGCGGAAGAGGAAAAAGGAAGAGCAACAGCCGCUACGUGGUCGGACUCUUUUACAACAUCAGCCAAUCAGAAUAUUCUGAAAGUUGGAAAUUCUGAGCAGACUCCCACCAAGUCAUCAAAGACUUCUGUUCAGCUAUCGAAUUCAGUAGCCAUUGAAACAGCCACUCAGAAACCUUCAAAAGUUGGUGCAUUGAUGGAAAAGACACCGAAAAUUCCCCCUCAGAAGCGUUUUUCAAAGCCCACAUCAGAUGAGCGAAAAAUUAGCAUCCUCGAGCUGGCCAUCCACAUCAAAAAAAUUGCAUUGUUCAUCAAUCUGGACGGUCUUCAAGAAAAGGCUUCGCAAUCAAUCGAGAAGGUGAACAACUCGGGAGAAGGCAAGACCCUAUCCGUUAGGAAGUUCAAUGUUUUGUUCAGUGCCAUGCUAAUUUUCCUGGAGGAAAACGGAAUUUCUGAAAAUGAAACGUCGCUUUCCCUCAAGUGGGUUCUCAAUCAACUCCGUCUAUUUUUAAUCGAACCACUUGGGCCUCAAAUCGUUCAUGAAGCAAUAGAUUUGGUUGCUAAGAAAAUUGAAGAAUUGGGAACAAAAAUUACGAGGUUUCACCAGACGUUAUCUCCGAAGCUCUGA